ACUACACAAGCAUAUCAUCAUCUUCAGACGACUUGGGUCAAUACUGUUGCUGGUGAGAGAGAUGGAGUUCUUCGUUGCCAGAUCUCGAUUAACCCUAAUCUUCUCACUCUUCUUCUUUCUCUCUCUAUGUUUCCGAUCGUCUUCUUCACUCUCAUCGUCACCAACGGACCUGAAGAUCCUCACCGCCGAACGCAGAAUUGACUUGGCUUCACACAUUAUUAGGGUUGUGUUGACUUUGAAGGUACAAAAUGAUGGGGCAUCCCCUGCUUCAGAUGUUCUUCUUGCGUUUCCACCAGCACAAGCGAAGCAUCUAGCACUGAUCCACGCUGCAGAAGUUGCUGGGAAGAAGAGGAAGAAAACUCUACAUCCACUAGAUGUGAAGACAAGCAGCAAUGCUGAAGGGCCAAAUGGGGCCAAGUUAUACUCCAUUUCCUUAAGAAAUCCCUUGAGCACAGGUGGAUCCGUGUCAUUAGAAGUUUCGUAUGUUUUGACCCAAUCUCUUGAACCUUUCCCUGUUGAGAUAAGUCAAUCAGAACCGCAACUUGUCUUGUACCGUGACAGUGCGUUAAUAUUGUCACCAUAUGAAAUUAAACAACAAACUACAGUUAUUAGGACACCAAGCACCAAAGUGGAAUCAUUUACUAGAGUAGAACCGUCUACCCAUUUGCGUACUGAGCUCAAGUAUGGGCCUUAUGAGGACCAGCCUGCUUUUUCAUAUACUCCUAUCGUUGUUCAUUUUGAGAAUAACAAUCCAUUUGCUGUGGUUGAGGAACUUGUUAGAGAAAUUGAAAUUUCUCACUGGGGCAACCUGCAAGUUACCGAGCAUUACACAUUGGUGCAUAACGGUGCUAGACACAAAGGAGGGUUCUCAAGGGUUGAAUAUCAAUCUAGGCCGACUUACAGUGGCGUUGCAUCCUUCAAAAGUCUUCUUGUAAAAUUACCCCCGAGGGUUCACUCUGUCUACUACCGUGAUAACAUAGGCAAUAUCUCAACAUCACAUUUAAGGACAGGUUACAGUAAGUCCGAAAUGGAAAUUGAGCCUCGGUAUCCUUUAUUGGGAGGUUGGAAAGCCACAUUCGUCAUUGGGUAUGGGCUACCAUUGGAAGAUGUUCUUUUCGAGUCAGCUGAUGGUAAGCGGUAUCUGAAUUUCAGUUUUGGAUGUCCUAUUGCUGAAACACUGGUAAACAAAAUAACAAACAAGGUUGUGCUGCCUGAAGGAUCUAAAAAUCCAUCUGUUGCGGUUCCAUUUUCCGUGGAACAGCGUGCAGAGACGAGUUAUUCGUAUCUUGACAUUGUUGGAAGACCAGUGGUGGUUUUGGAAAAGGAAAACGUAGUUCCUGAACACAACUCUCUUUUCCAGGUUUACUAUGAUUUCCACCCAAUGUUCAUGCUUGCAGAGCCAUUGAUGUUAAUAUCAGUGUUCUUCUUCUUGUUUGUUGCUGCCUUGGCUUACAUUCACAUGGACAUCUCAAUAAGAAAAUGAAGAGCGGCACAAUGCUGAUGAUUAAUUACCAGGUAGACCGCUUCACCAAGAUAUGAGCAUGGCUGGAUAAAUUAGAUUAUAUGUAAAACUGACUUAGACACUUGAAGGAACCAUUGAGGCAUGUUAAACCAGAAAACCUAAAUUAGCGGCAAAAGAUUUAAGAAUUUUCUAAAUUUUCUUGAAAUUUCGACCCUUUUGGUGCAUUUUCAGUUGCUUUAAUCAUGAGGUGUUUUGCGUC